UGGGAGAAAAUAGUGUCGUUUUCCUUAAAAAAUAAAUUGAAGACGUACUAUAUACGGCGGCUGCUGACAUAAAACCACGUGCAUAAAUACUAGGGAAACUCGUGCUGUCUCGCUGCUAUCCAUAAACUCACCAAAAGCAGCAAAUUAAAACUGAAUCCUAUAUAUAUACGUAGUAUCUUGUUAUCUUGAAGAAGGAAUAAUAGAAGAACCAAAAACAUGGCAAAGACAGUAGUGGUGUUGGGUGUGUUUGUUGUGCAGCUUAUAAUCAGCAGCACCUUGUAUGGGCAUGCAGAUGCUGGUUCACCGGUCAAGUUUCUGCCAGGGUUCCAGGGCCCCUUGCCCUUCCACCUCGAAACCGGGUAUAUAGGAGUAGGAGACGUGCAAUUCUUCUACUACUUCAUCAAGUCCGAGUCUAAUCCAAACUCAGACCCUCUCAUGAUAUGGUUAUCUGGAGGCCCUGGCUGUUCUUCUUUGAGUGGGCUAAUCUAUGAGAUUGGUCCCAUCACUUUUGUCCCAGUGGAAUAUAAUGGAAGCAUACCUGAAUUGAUAAUAAACCCCUACUCCUGGACUAAAACUGCAAGCAUUAUUUUCUUAGAUUUACCUGUGGGAACUGGAUUUUCUUAUGCAACAAUUCCUCCUGCUAAACAAUCAAACACUCUCCAAACUACCCAUCAGGCAUACGAGUUUGCUCUAAAGUGGUUACUUGAACAUCAAGAAUUCAUGUCAAAUCCAUUGUAUAUAGGGAGUGACUCAUUUGCAGGCCAACUCGUUCCUGUCAUUACUCAAGUCAUAUCAGAUGGGAAUGAGAAAGGGAAUAACCCCCAAAUCAAUCUUAAGGGGUAUGUUAUUGGCAAUCCAGUAACUUUUAUAGGUGAAAACAACUAUCAAUUCCCUUUUGCCCAUGGAAUGGCUCUCAUUCCUGAUGAACUUUAUGAGUCCUUGGAAGAAAAUUGUAAAGGAGAAAAGUAUCAAAAGAAAGAGCCGGGUGGCAACAUAAAUCCAGCAAAUGUCAACUGUGUGAGGGAUAUUCAAAUUUUUGAGGAGUUGACUAGCGACAUUCAAGUUGGUAUGAUAUUAGAUCCAAGUUGCAGUGGACUUCAAACAUCCCAGAAAUUAUUCACCAACAGGAGAUUUCUUGAUGAGAAGCAUAUAAAUCUUGUUAAGCUUAAUUCACAAUCUUCAAACCAAUGCCGUGAUUAUUUUUAUGCUCUGGCGGACUAUUGGGCGAAUGACGAGAGUGUUCGAGAAGCACUCCACAUAGCACAGGGUAGUAUUGAUAAGUGGGAAAGAUGCAGCAAUGAUUUGGAUUAUAUAUAUGACCUUGAUAGUGUAGUUCCAUAUCAUGCAAAUCUCAGUGCUAAAGGUUAUAGGUCGCUUGUUUAUAGUGGAGACCACGAUAUGAUUGUACCAUUUAUGUCAACGCAAGCAUGGAUACGGUCUCUAAAUUAUUCUAUUAUUGAUGAAUGGCGACAAUGGAAUGUUGAAGGCCAAGUUGCUGGGUACACAAGGACUUACUCCAAUAAUAUGACAUUUGCCACGGUGAAGGGUGCAGGUCAUAACUCUCCUGAGUUUAAACCUUCUCAAUGCCAAAUUAUGGUAGAAAGAUGGUUUUCUUCCAGUCCAUUCUUAGUAUUAUUGCAAGUGCGUAAAAGUACUGCAAAAGAAAUGGUCACAGAGAAGCUUAACAGUACUGCACAGAUAUGGUGCUGUGUGUUUCUGUAUCUGCUGGUGUUUGGAGAUGGCGGUUCAGAUGUCAAAUUUCUGCCUGGAUUUCAAGGGCCUCUCCCUUUUGAACUCGAAACCGGUUACAUUGGAGUGGGAGAGUCCGAGGAUGUUCAGCUGUUCUAUUACUUCACCAAGUCAGAAUCGCAGCCUGAAUCUGACCCCAUUAUUCUCUGGCUAACAGGAGGUCCUGGCUGCUCUGCACUCUCUGGUUUACUGUUUGAAAUAGGGCCGUUUACUCUUGAAAAAGAGAAGUAUAAUGGGAGCUUACCUAGGAUUGUUUUGAAUCCUUACUCUUGGUCAAAGGUUGCAAGCAUUAUUUUCUUGGAUUCGCCCGUGGGCACUGGAUUUUCAUAUGCCAAAACCCCGUCUGCUUUGCAAUCGAGCGACAUGCAAACUUGCCAUGAAACAUAUGAAUUUGUUCGGAAGUGGUUGAAUGAUCACCCGGAGUUCAUAUCGAAUCCAUUCUAUGUUGCCGGGGAUUCAUACUCUGGCAUUCUGGUUCCAAUCAUUUCUCAGUUCAUAUCUGAUGGGAAUGAGAUGGGAAUUUAUCCACAGAUUAAUCUCCAGGGGUAUAUGCUUGGGAAUCCAUUAACAUUUCCAGAAGAAAAUGACUAUAAAAUUCAAUUUGCUCAUGGAAUGGCACUUAUUUCUGAUGAACUCUAUGAAUCUCUUCAGGUACACUGCAAUGGAAAGUACCAGAGUGUAGAUCCCAGCAAUGCAAAGUGCUUGCAGGAUAUAAACACUUUCGAUGAACUGAUCAAUGGACUUGAUGGUGCACAAAUCUUAGACUGGACUUGCGGUUUUGCAGUCUCGAUGGUAGAUGAUAUUGCCAGCCAACGACGAAGAUCUCUUCACCAACAACUCGAUCAUCGCCCACUAUCUGCACUAAAAUGCCAUAUUGAUUGGUAUAGGCUCUCUUAUUAUUGGGCAGAUAAUGAAAGUGUUCGCGACGCACUCCAUAUAAAGAAGGGAAGUAUUGGGAGCUGGACUAGGUGCAACCUUAAAUUGCAAUACAAAACAACAACUUGGAAUAGCAUUCCUUACCAUGCAAACCUCAGUGCUAAAGGAUAUAGGUCUCUUAUAUACAGCGGUGAUCAUGACAUGAUGGUCCCCUUUCUUUCAACUCAAGCAUGGAUACGAUCUUUGAACUACUCUAUCAUUGAUGAAUGGCGACAAUGGAUUGUUGAAGGCCAGGUUGCCGGUUACACAAGGACAUACUCCAACCAGCUGACAUUUGCCACUGUGAAGGCAAGACAAUUAUUUCACUUUCUUAAUUGCAUCACUAAUUCAUUAAGUCUUGGUGGAGGGCAUACAGCACCAGAGUACAAACCUCCAGAAUGUCAGGCCAUGAUAGAAAGAUGGCUAUCUUAUAAACCUCUGUAG